GCCUCCGAGCGUGGACUAUCUUUUUUGCCGCUGCGUGGGCAGCAACAGCUUUCGGAGAAGUGGGAGGGGUGUUAUCCCGUCCACAGACGAAGGCGCCAGCAUUCCAGGCCCACCGAUCCAGCCCGCGCGGCACAAGCACCGACGUGGGCAAGGUGCAGGGCUGUGUGCGCUGUGA